GGAUAUUGAAUGCAGCACCAAAAGCAAAGUUUGACAGUCAACAAACUGAAACAAGUUCUUCAAUAUCAGGUUCACACGCACCCCUAGCUAGCUAGCUAGCUAGCUACCUAGUUCACGUACGCUUCUAGCUUGUGUGAGCUAGUUAUUCUACAGCAAAUGUGAGUCUACUCAGAGUGUCCGAGGAAAGACAGAUAUGUUAAAUGUCGGAGGUGUAACUGCAGAGGACAGACAUGGAAACCUCCGUUAUGUCAGCGCUGGAGAGACCCGUGGGGGAGCUGACGGUUAUGGAUGUGUACGACAUAGCUGCGGUGCUCGGACAGGAGUUUGAGCGGGUCAUCGACAGGUUUGGGUGCGAGUCUCUGGUCGGGGUGGUGCCCAAAGUGGUGCGGGUCCUGGAGAUGCUGGAGGCCCUGGUGAGCAGCGGACCCACCGGACAAGAGGCCGAGGAGCUGCGUAGGGAGCUGGAUAGGCUGCGGCAGGAGCGCAGCGACAGAUACGAGCAGGAGAGGAAGCACCAGAAGGAGUUGGAGUUGGUGGAGGAUGUAUGGCGAGGAGAAGUCCAGGACCUGCUCUCUCAAAUCACCCAGCUUCAGGCCGAGAACAAGGGGCUGUUAGUAAGCCUCUCUCUCAAAGAGUCCCCUGUCACAGAGGAAGACCUGCAGAAACAGGAGGGAAUGUCAGAGAAGGAGAGGCAGGUGAUGAAUAAGCUGAAAGACUUGGUGGAUAAGCAGAGGGAUGAAAUCCGGGCUAAAGACCAUGAGCUGACACAAAAAAACGAGGAUGUUGAGGCACUCCAGAUGCAGCAACAUCGGCUAAUAAGAAUCAACCAGGACCUUCGUCACAGGACAGGAGUGAUGGAGGCUCAGGGAAAGGCAUUGAUCCAACAGAGGGCUGAGCUGGAAGCUGCAGCCCAGGCACGGCAGCAGGAGCUGGGGGCUCUGCAGCUGGAGGUCGCGAGGCUGAGAAAGGAGCUCCGAGGGUGGGAACUGGAGAGAGAGGUCACUGGUAUAGAAGAAACCUCUCUUACCAGAUCUGGGAUGUCACCACCUAAAUCACCACAGAUGACGUCUUCGGCAUCUAACUCCGAACCAAAUUCAGUGUGGGUGGAGUGUGGAGGGGAACCUGGCUUCCUGGCAAACUACUUUAAGAGUCCUUCCCUUCUCCCAGGGUCAUCAAAGAGAGAAAAUAAUGAGGAAGAGGGUGACGAAGACGAGGACACAACAGCAUUUUUACUGAAGGUGUCAGCUGAGACGGAGCCAGAGGAGGAGACAGACAGCCUGGAGCAGGAAUCAGACAAACCUUGCUUCACCCUGCAGGAGCUGCGGGACGUCCUGCAGGAGAAGAAUGAACUCAAGGCCCAAGUGUUCGUGCUACAUGAAGAGCUGGCAUAUUACAAAAGUGAGGAGUUUGGGGAUGACAUCAGCUCCAUUGUUUGUCCUCCGUCUCCUCCACCAUGCUCCAGUUCCACUGAUCUGGCCGAAUCAGGAAUUAGACGCUUGAUCUUCACUGCUAUAAUGCCGAUGGUGGCAGCCGGAUUGAUUUCAGACGACCCCACAUUGAUGCCAAUCAGAAGACUUUUCUUCGUAUGACCUUGAGUUUUAAUUGUAUUAUUGCUCUUAUUUUUCACCACAAUCCUCUAUGACAGUAAACUGAAUAUCUUUAAGUUGUGAAGAAAAACAAGACAUUUUUUACUAUCUGACAUUUUAUAGACCAACAACUAAUGGAGAAAAUAAUCAGCAGUUUAAUCAACAAUGAAAAUAAUACCCAGUUAAAGCCAUACUUUGAUACAUAACUGUGACGAUAAAUGAACCACUGGUUUUGCAACUUUUGCAAUACAUUUUGGUAGCAUUUUAGCUAGUCUUGCAUAGCCAGACCUGUCUUCAUAGCGUUGUGUCAGCGCUGGAGUAUGAUCUGGCUACACCGCUUAUCAUUCUGGGAUAGGGGAAAAAGUGGAGGGGAAUGCUUUAGAGACGUGCCAGAUGUCAGGCUUUAUCCCAGCAUCGUACAUCCGGUAAGCCAGACUACAUAUUAGCUAACUUGGUAAGAGCUUUAAAUGAACCUAAGUAGUUAAAAUAUGAGAAAAAUGUCUAUAAAUGGACAUGCUUAUGUAUAUUUAUGACCUCUUAGUGGCUACAAAAAAAGUUACAUUACCUGUCAGUGCCACACUUUAUAUAUUACGAUGAAAAAGUUGUACUUCAUUAGGUGUAAUCCUGCACAUGCUGCUGUAAUAUCAAAUAACUUAGCACCCAAGUGUCCACUCUACAUUGCUUGAUCCAAAUACAGAAAUUUUGUCACUGCAUUGCCCAGAGUAUGAAUUGAGUUUUCACAAAAACUUUCAUGUUGCUUAACAUUCUCUGAAUAAUGACAUCGGGUGUUGGGAAUGGGUCUAGCUGCUAUAAGACAUAUAAAUGGACAUCUUGUGUCAUUUAUGUAUAAAUUAUGUUAAAAUGUAUCUGAUUAUAUAACAAAUUAUUGUUGGUGUUUGAGUGGGGUUUGAAGGUGCAGCAAUGGAGUUGAAUGAUUAUGUGCCUCUGUUUUCUGAGACUGUUUGAGACAGUGUACUUAGUCCCCUGAAUUGAUAAAAAGAAGAUUCAAUUCAUUUUUAUUUAUAGUAUCAAAUCAUAACAAGAGUUAUCUCAAGACACUUUACAGAUAGAGUAGGUCUAGACCACACUAUAAUUUACAAAGACCCAACAAUUCCAGUAAUUCCCAUAAGAGCAAGCAUUUAUGAUGUUACCGUAUACUUGGAGCACUACAGUGGGGCACCACACUGUGGUCAUCACCAGUACAUAUAUUCCAACAAUAAUGAGUACUGUAAAAAAAAAAAAAAAAAAA